UUGGACGUCAUUAAAACGAAAACGACGGGGAUCGAUAUACAAUCGAAGAAGGAAUAUUUUCGCCUCCACCAUAUGUCUGAGUUGACUAAGACUAUUGAAGACAAGACCAGUGAUGAACGAAGGAUGGAUUAUGCGAUUUUUGCUGUCAAUGCAAACGAAUCAAGGCUGUCGAUUAACGAGGAGAACGCUGGAAUUGGUUACUCAAAGCUGUACAGAGCAUUACUAAGGGCAACAGAUGAAAGAGUAAUUGUUGUUAUUGGUGGAGAUGACAACUACAGAAAUGCCUCUGAGGAAGAUGGAUCUCUCCUGUCUCGCUGGGCUCGAAGAAAGGUUUCUUCUCAGUUCAAAGAAGAAUUCAUGGAUGGAACCAAGGGGUUUAUUUUUUCUUGGGACAAGAAACACAGGGUGAUUCAUGAGGAGGCACUGUUACAUUUUCUUGAUUCCAAGAGGAAGGGUCAAAAAUUUUCUUAUGAAAUAAAACCUCAGGUAGAGCCCGUGCAGAGUGAAACUUUAGGUGAUCAAAAGCAGCAAACUGCACUAAACGAAACAAAAAUCCAAAUGGCAGAGCGAGGAGCACUUGAAAAGCAUGCACCUGAAAUCUGUCAGGGACAAAAGGAUGACCAUACCUCUGGUCUUCAUGGAGAAAUGACUGAGCAUGAUGAUGCUGGGGCAAAAUCCAAGGAGGUGAUGGUACUUGGCCGAAAUCAGUCUGAUGUAGAUCAUUUUAAGAACGUUUUCGGUGAUGAAUUCUCUGGGAAGGUUCGAUAUAUCUUCGACGGUCCUGUGGGAUUAAAAGAUGUCCUAAAAUCACAUUCAAUAAAUUCCAUAAGAUCUUGUUACAUCUUUUUGGAUGGAGCAGCCAUUUUGGGAGAGUUAACAUCUCAUUACAAAGACCUGCUUCGAUACGCCAGAGAUAACGUUGACAAAAAAGUCGUUGCUAUUAUCUGCUCUGAUAAUCGUCUGAUUCAAGAAGACACCAUUGCAGAUGAGAUUACUAAAACUCUUGGAAAAAAGGCACGUAUUAUUUGGUGGAGAGAAACCUUUUCCCCAUCCAGACGUAGAGCGCCACUCCAUCGAUCACAAUCUCUUCCUGCGGGUUCGCCAAAGGGAUCUGCAGAUCGCCGCACGCUACCAAAGCAUGUCGAAGAGUCACUGGUUUUGAAGACCCGACUCCUCUAUGGUAGGAUUUCAUAUGAAGAGGUAGAAAAGUGGUCCGGGGAAUGGACCCCUCCUAAAGAGAUAGUGGAUGGCUUAUUCAACGAAUGGCAAUCUACUCCUAACGCAGAAUUACUGAUAUAUGAACAGAGAGAAACUGGAAAAACGCUUUACCGGGUUGUUGUGAAUGACAAUUCUCAGAAAAAAACUAUUGAGUUUUUUAGCAGCAUUGCUGCAUUUGGGCGUAGUUGUCUUUCACUUAGCAAAGACAGGGCACCUUCCCCUUCGCCUCUUGACUGACUCGAUUUGAGGACAGACACUUCAAUUUUUUCCUUCAGACUAGCAGUAGAAUUUUUUACUGACGUAUAAUCUGCAUGUUGUAUCCAACUUUUAUAAAGAAUACAACACUUUCAAAAGUGUUUGAUAAUAUAACUUGGCUAAGACUAUGACGUGAGGGGAAAUCUCUUUAAUUUUUAUCCAAAUCAUUGAAUAAAAGUGCCCUUCGUUUUUUUAUACCUUAAGGUUUCGGUGUGUACACAAGAAUAUCGUAGAUUUUGGAGGCUACUUCGAGCAUGCUCGGAUAUCAAAACUCCUGCUACUUUCGUAUUUUAGUUUCAUUUGGAAGGAGUCUGCUCCGCAUAAUGAUAAAUUAAGAUCCAAACGUUUGUCUCAGGAUUUUGGGCCACUGAUCUAUAUGAACGAUAGAUUCAAGCUAUCAUUAGUUAUCGUGAGCCGUGGUAUAACGAUCUUCAAUUAAUAGCCGAACUCUACAAUUGACAUUAAGUCCUUAGGCAAACGUUUGGACAUCAAUUCACCAUAAUCUCGAAACACAUCUUCCUAAGUCCGCUCCUUUCUUGAUGAUACUGUCACAUAAUAAAGUUAUAACAAACAAAUAAAGAAUUUGUGCU